AUGGCAUCAAGCUCACUUCAAUCUUCAUCAUGGACACCGCAGCAAAACAAGUUAUUUGAAAGGGCACUAGCUCAAUUCGAUAAGGACACACCUGACCGGUGGCAGAAUGUGGCGCGGGCGGUUGGAGGUGGAAAAUCGGCCGAUGAAGUAAAGAGACACUAUGAAAUACUUAUUGAGGAUCUCAGCCGCAUUGAAUCUGGACGUGUUCCUCUUCCUACUUACACCCAUGAACAACAAAGGCUUUUGAGGUAUAUGAACCUGCACUAGUGAAGAUGUUGACAAGAAGAUAUCACUACCUAGCAAGUCAAGCAUAAGACAAAAGAAAAAAGAAAAAAAGAUGCCCUUAAAAAUAUUCUAUGAAUAUUGCAUUGUGCCUUCUCUUAAUUAUGAAAAAUAGUUUUUUUUU